UUUCUAAAAUAUUGAUCCAUGCUCUACAAAAAAAAAAAAAUGUUCCCCCUUUUGUUGCUGAUGCUUUUGUCACAUUCGCAAUGGAUAGCCACCGCAAAUGUAACAAAAGGUUGUAAUUCAAUAAUCAAGAACAUUUUCAUUUUAUCUGGACAAAGCAACAUGUCAGGCCGUGGCGGAGUCUUUAAUCAGACCAGUCCAUCAGGUACGGUUAAUUUAACUUGGGAUAGAGUUGUUCCGCCUGAAUGUCAGCCCAAUUCAUCAGUCCUCCGGCUUAGCAGAGAACUUACAUGGGUUGAAGCUCAAGAGCCGUUGCACAAAGACAUAGAUGUGAACAAAACAUGUGGGAUUGGGCCGGGUAUGUCAUUUGCUAAUAAACUCAAAAUGGAUGAGCCGAAUAUUGGAUUGAUUGGGUUGGUCCCGUGCGCAAUUGGAGGGACAAAUAUUACUCAAUGGGUGCGCGGUGGAUGGCUUUAUAACGAAAUGAUAAGGAGGACUAAGGUCGCGUUGCAAGGUGGAGGGACGAUAAGAGGGAUGCUGUGGUACCAAGGGGAAAGUGAUGCAAUUGAUUUUGAGGAUGCUAAAUUGUAUAAAGGUAGAUUGAAGAAAUUUUUCAAAAAUGUUCGUAUGGAUUUAGAGCUACCUACACUCCCUAUUGUUCAGGUGGCAUUGGCUACAGCACCAGGGCCAUAUAUGGAAGUGAUCAGGAAAGCUCAGCUGGGGAUUAAUCUUCCAAAUGUGAGAUGUGUAGAUGCUAAAGGGCUUCCAAUUGGCCCAGAUUUCUUGCACCUUACAACUCCAGCACAAGUCCAGCUUGGGAAGAUGUUGGCUCAUGCCUUCCUUCAAACUCAAAAGGAAAAUCCUAAUUAAUGAGGCCUAAGGUUGAAGGCUCAUGUGCUUUAAAUUCGACAGAUGCAAUACAGCCACCAAAACUUUUGUGGUAAGUAAAUAGUGGCUCACUUUGGACAAAAUGUCAUCCUAAUUAAUCACUAGUUUUUCUUUUUGGAAAGAAGAAAAAAUGUCAUGUCCUUUUUUAUUCUCGAUAUGCUAUGGU